AUGACCCAAAACUUAUUCACCAUCUUUAAUAUCCCAGUAGUCCUAGGAAUACCCCUAGCAGUACUAAUUAUUAUAUUUCCCUCCAUACUAAUCUUACCCCCUAACAACACUAUCAACAACCGAUUCUCAUCCAUUCAACAAUGACUAGUCCAGCUCACACUAAAACAAAUAAUAAUCACCCAUUCUACUACAGGACGAACCUGAUCUCUAAUACUCCUAACCCUAAUUACCUUUAUUUCCUUAAAUAACCUUCUUGGACUCACACCCUACGCAUUUACACCCACCACUCAACUAUCAAUAAAUAUUGGUAUAGCAAUCCCACUAUGAAUAGCAACCGUACUUAUAGGACUUCGACUUAAAACAAAAACAUCCCUUGCUCACUUUCUGCCCCAAGGAACACCAACUCUACUCAUUCCCAUGCUCAUCAUCAUUGAAACCAUUAGCCUCUUUAUUCAACCAGUAGCACUAGCAGUACGGCUAACAGCAAACAUUACAGCAGGUCACCUACUAAUACACCUAUUAGGGACUGCUUCACUCACCCUUCUAUCUAUUUACCUCUCUUCCUCUCUAGCUACUAUUAUCGUCAUUAUCUUACUAAUUACCCUAGAAUUAGGCGUAGCCCUAAUCCAAGCUUACGUCUUCACACUUCUAGUCAGUCUUUACCUACACAACAAUUCAUAA